CUUCUAGACUAGAAAACAGAAUAUCAGUAGUUAGACUUGUCUGCUGAAUAGCUGAGCUUGCCAGGUUUGUGGAGUAGUUUUGAAUCAAUACAUAUAGUUGUGUCUAGAAUAAACAUGACACGUGUCCUCUGGAGGUCCUGGCUAAUCGUUUCUGCAUCUAGAAACUCACAUGACCUGGUCCUAUCGGCCAGCAUUCUCCUCGGAGCCCACAGGAGUUAUAAAUACCCCCUUGAUCAGCCCUGGCCAGACUACAAUGAAGAGAUGACAAUAGAAAUCACUGCCCCUGUAUAAGGUCAUCUUUCCCCUCCCAGAGAGGAGGGCUUCUGCUCAGAUAAACAGCAUGGCCACAGACGGACUGCCAGAAGCAGGGAGGGCAAAGCUCCGAAUCUUUCAGAAGAUGGAAAGAGACCCCUCUCGGAGUCCUGCUCCCGUGGACCAGUACCACACAGCCCUGGUCAUGGGCGACCUGGGCAGCCUCCAGCCGCUGAUGGCCCAACACUAUGGAGAUGCCAACGUGGUCUUUGAGAUCCAUAAGAAUGAAAUGGAAUGGCAGGUGAAAUCUCCAGCCACUUUUGGAUUAUCAGGUCUCUGGUCCCUGGAGUAUAAGAGAGAGCUCACCAACCCUCUGUGCAUCACCGCCGGCCACGGGCACGCUGACUGUGUGCGCCACCUGCUCCGCCGGGAUGCUGAUGUGAACGCAGCCCCGGGUGGGAAGAGUGCCCUGCACGAAGCCUGCCGAGGGGGCCACACGGCCUGCGCAGAGCUGCUCCUGGAGCACCGAGCUGACCCCGACCUGCCGAGCGAGGAGGGCCUGGCCCCGCUCCACCUGUGCACCUCCCCAAACACUCUCGGAUGUGCCCAGGUGCUUGUGAAACAUGGUGCCCUGGUAAACCAAGCCAGCAGUGAGGGCCGGGAAAGCCCCCUUCACGUUGCAGCAAAACAUGGCCUCAGGGAUCAUACCCUUCUGUACCUACAACAUGGGGCCAGUGUGGACAAUCGGAACAGCCGUGAAGAGACCCCCCUCAGCGUGGCCUGUGGCCGAGCCCGGGAGCCCUACGAGCAGGAGCGCUACCUGGAGGUGUGCCGCCUGCUACUACGCCAUGGUGCAGAUGCCAACGCCACCGACGAGGAAGAGAAGAGUCCCCUCCACAAAGCCUGCAAGAACGCCAGCUACCUCCUGGUGCAGCUACUGCUACAGAACCAAGCCAAGGUGAACGUUUUUGACUACAAUGGUACCUCCCCCAUGGCCUGUGUUCUUCAGAGCGCCUCCUUCAAGAGGGAGUGCAGACCCCACAGGACCGUGCAAAUGCUCCUCAACCAUGGCUCCCAGAGGAUCUGGCCUGGGGCUUUUGAGAAGGUCCUGAAGUCUUGUGCAUCCACCCCAGAAGUCAUCGGGAUCCUUUUCAACUCCUACUCAAAGCUCCGGGUCUCAGAAAAAUGGAGAGAAGUAAUUCCUGAGGAUGUGUUUCAGAUGCACCAGCCUUUUUACCAGUCUCUCUUCAUGCUCUCUCACACCCCGAGGUGUCUGCAGCAUCUGUGUCGCUGUGCGGUCCGCAAGCACCUUGGCAGCAAGUGCUGGUCCUGCAUCCCCCAGCUGCCGGUACCAGAACCUCUGAAGCAUUAUCUCCUGCUGGAGCCAGAGGGCUUGUUGCUCUGAGUGGCCAGAGGGAUCCUGGGCCACUGAGGCUGAGGAGCCUAUGGUUAAAUCGCUUUCAUUUCCAAGCUCUUGUCACAGCCCCGGAGUGGGUCAGGACCCUCACGAUGGGCUGACAGCUCACAAGCCAUCCCCUCCCCAGCUCCUUAAGACUUCCACUUCCCAAAGCAGCUACAAAUGGGCAUUUCCAGGGGGAGGGGAAAAGCCAUCGAUCCAUCCACAGCUUGUUGACGGCUUAUUAUUCGCUAGGCAAGAUACUGGAGACACAAAGCAACAGUGUCUGUCCUCAAGGAGCUAAUAUUCUACCGAGAGGAAGCAACAUGUAAAUCCUCAGGUCUAGACAAGCUUCUGCAAGUUCACUGGGAAAAAGGGGGUCUCUGGGGAGAGAGGGAGGGGGUCAGGUCCUAAACUGGCAAAGUUUGGCUUAUGAGUCACAGACCUGAAAUUGUCAGGCCUGCCUUCAUGAGAUACAGCCUCUAAAUCUGAGACUGAGUGACCCUGGCCCUGAACAGUAUUAAUCUCCGACAUUUAUCCAGCCCUCUGGACUUAGCAAAGUGUGGGACACACAUUCUCACAACCACCUUGUGAGGUCAAUGCCUUUACUCUGGCCACUUUAUAGAAAAGGAAACUGAGGUCCAUUAGUGAAACACAUUAUUUCAUUGAUAGAAGCAGGCCUCCUGACUCCCAGGCCUGCCCUUUCUCCAUUCCAACAGGUACUGGGCGCUCUCCUUAGCCACAGCUUUCAUCACAUCUACACUUUCCCCCCCAAAUCUUGGUGAUUCUCUCUGGUCUAUCCUUGUUCAUGUAAGACUCAGAAAAAAGAUCUGAACAGGGGUCCCAGAUAACAAAGACCAGACAGCUCAGCUGUCCCACUAAUACUGGACUCUGGCCAAUGGCAAGCCUACGUUGCCUAGUCAAAAAUAAAGGGAGAACCUGAAUCACUUCCAUUCAACAAGCAUUUAAUAAAUGCUUACUUUGUCAUAGCUCUGAGAGGCUGAGGGCCUCCAACCCACACUGGCUGGGCAAAUUCUUUCUUUCUUUUUUUUUAAAAUAGCCUUUUAUUUACUGGGCAAAUUUCUUAACCUCUCAAUAUUCUAAACCCUCUCCAAAACAAUUAAGGGUGGGGGCGCUGCUUUGGUAGAAGGAGGGAGUUCGUUGUACUGCAGAAAUCCCAAGGCCCAUCUCUGUUGCCUACGGUGUGAUAGGAUCAAGGAGCUGGAAGAGUCCUUAGACCAAGCCCCUUUUAACAACAAAGUGAGGGUCGCUGAGGUGGGUUGACGCACCCAGGGACCCAAAGCUAAUAAAUGGAAUUCAAGCCCAAGGCUUCCAACUUCAAGCCUAGUGCUCAAGUCACUCCAAGAGAGGUCAGGAGAUCUGUGGUGUGGAGGAGACAGACAGACAAACCCCCCAGCCCGAAGUUCUUGCUUCGGAAUGUUUGUGAGUUGUCACAGGGCAGGGCCUCUCAUGCUUGCUUAUGGAGCCCUAGGAUCUUAGCCAGUGCCUGGCACAGAGGAGGUGUUUGAUAAAUGCUCAUGGAUGUAUUAAAGGAAGUUAAGGAUUUGGAAGGGGCUGGGAGGAGGAAGUGCAUUCUAGGCAGAGGGAUUGUGUAUGCAAAGACAUGGGGGCUGGAAAUCAAAUGAUGAGCGAUCAAUUUGGCAAGAGUGUAGAAUCUAGUCAAAACAAGUUUGUUUUUCCCUGCAUUAAAUGAAAAGCUUAUUGCAGCAUCUAUGAGAUAGUGUGGGUUCUUUUGCAGGAAGCAGAAGGUAAGAUGAGCCAAUGUGAACAGUCUGAAGGGUUUGUGUUUGCUCCCGGAAGCACUAGGGAAAUUGUUUGAGCAGAAAAGUACUCCCUCUGUGUGUCAGGCUUUGUGCUGGCUCAUAGCUGGGCCUUCUCCAAAGCAAUGAAAUCCUGCCCUCAGGAAGUUUAUGGUCUAAUGGGGAAGCAAUGUAGAAAUAGAUUGAUUAUCUGGAGGAAGCUGGGGACCUUAAAGAGACCACCUGGGCAAAGACUGGGAGCUGGAGAUGGGAUGCUACAGAUGGCUUUCCGUGGUAAUCUAACUCAGCUCAACCCAACCCUGAGGUUAUUAAGUUCCUAUUCCAUGCCAGGCUCUGUCUCAGCCCUGGGGACACAGAACUCAAAAUCCUCCCCUGCAAGGAACCAACGUUAUACUGCAGCAAGAGCAGAGCAAAAAGGCACCACUGAAAGGGAUGAGUGCAGAUCCUGCUCCUAGCCUUGGACAUCACUUCCUCUGUCUGGGUCUUCCCCUGUAAAAUGAAGGGCUUAGACUAGAUGUCUUCAAGGUUCUUGCCAGCUUUACAGCUGUAUAUAGGAAAGUGCAUCGAGGAAGGACAGAGAGCAUCAUGGAGGACUUCACUGAGAGGGUGACACUUCAGUAGAGCCUUAAAGGAAACUGAAAGUUCUGCUAGGUAUAACUCACAUUCGUAUUAAAGUUUAGAAAUCACUUUACAAAUAUUAUUUCAUGUUAUCCUUAAAGCAUUCCUGAGAGGUAGAUGCUAUUAUUAUGCCCAUUUUCCAGAUGAGGAAACUGAAGCAAAGGAUAAGUGCCAUGUUCAGGCAUACAGCUAGUAAGUAUCUGAGGCAGGAUUUGAACUCGGUUUUCCUGGCUCUACGAGUACUUGAGCAAUUCAUUUGCCUGAAAAGUGAAGGAGAAGGCAAAAAGUGAACUUCAGGCACGAGUUGUGGAAAUUUAUGAAGGCAAAUUUAGAGAACUGAUAGUAUUCUACUAAGGAAAAUUGAGCCAAAUACCCAAGAACAUGGCUCCUCUCUCAUGGAAAUCCUUCUUUCUAGCUAUGCAAAGCUGUUUUUGGGUGGUGAUCAAUUGUAAAUCUCUCAACUGGUUCUCAUCUCCAAAUCAUCCAAUUCAAAAAGCACCAGAAUAGAGAAAGUUCAACUCUCCAAAAGGUGGCUCAACAUAAUCAAACACAACUGUCUUUUAAAGCGGAGCACUGACAACCCAAACACUGUCAACACAUUUCCCAAACAUGCUCAUAUCUCCUUCAUAGUCCCACUCUUGAAACUCUUCUGAACUUAAAGUCAGAGCUGGUCUUACCUCUUAGUGCAGCUGGUAUCUCCCCCAGGACAGGUCCUCAGGCAAAAGCGGUUUCCACACAAUACUUAUAGCUCUACUAUAACUUAGUAACUUCUCUCUGGGCUUCAGUCUUCAUUUGUAAGAUGAAGGGGAAUAGACUGAAUGACCUCUGAGAUUCCUUCCAGCUCAAACUAGAGAAUCCUCUGAAUCAAUUCCUAAAAAGGGUAAAGUAUUAAAUACCUAACACUUUUGUAUCAGAUUUUCCCCUUUCCAUUCACAGAAGAUUCCACAUCUAAUAACAAGAGCCACUGAAAAAAUGGGGAAAGGGAAUAGCAAGAGGUUGCUGGAGGUAAAAGAUUUCUGCUUCACCUGGAGUCAACUCUGCCAAAUCAAAAUGAACAGUAAAGGAAACCACCUCACACUGGAUAAGAGCACAGGACUUAUAGUUAGGAAGACCUGAAUUCAAAUCCUGCCUUAAAGAUUUAUUAGCUGUAUGACCUUGGCAAGUUACUUAACCUGCUUGCCUCGGUUUCUGUAUCUGUAAUAUAGGAUAUAAUAUAGGAAUAAUAACAACCUCUAUCUUUCAGGUUGUCCCGAGGAUCAAGUGAGACAAUAUAUUUCAAGGGAUUUGCAAAUGUUUAGACCUUAGAUCAUUGUUAGUUACUCAUUGUUAUAAGUCAGCAAAUGGAAGAUGGCCAACCAACCAUCUCCUUUUUUGUUAUUUGUGCCUUACCAGUCAAUUUGUUUUUAUCUUGAAGUUCUGAACAAGAGCAGGAUUGACUAAAAUGAAAAAAAUGUGUCUUCCCUCCCCAGCCAUCCUGCCAUAGUCACGAGGCUCACAAAACAUGAGCUUGGUUCUGCCAUGUUUGACUGAAUGGCUGGAGACAUGUGCCCUCCCCUACCAUUGUCCCUCUGCUACCACUCAUAGAUGUGAAUCUCACAGGAUUGUAGAUUUUAUAUGUCAACUGAGAAUCAUCCAAUGUAAUCUUCUCAUUUUACAAAUGAGGAACCUGAUGCAUAGAAAAAUUGACAUCACUGGUUAAUAUCAGCAUUGGGAUAUGUCAGUCAGUAGCUUGAUAGCUCUUAUGAACUAGAGAGGAAUUCUACUCAUCCCAGAACAUAACAGUCAUUCACUACAUGUGAUCGAUGGUCUGGUCACCAGAGAAGGUCCAAACAUACAUCAACAUCCCUACUAUCCAGUCCAAAGGAGACUGGCCACCAAUAAUAAUCAGACAUAUUUGGACGUGGCCACUGCAUAAGAGAUGUCUAGACUUGAAUACUAGCUCCUUGAAGGCAGACACUGUUUCUUUUUUGUCUUUGUAUUCUUGAUGACUAGCAUGAAAUAGGGACUUUUUGAAUGGAAUGAAAUGCAAUCAAAUACAUGGUCCAAACUAGAGACAGAACCUUUCUGUCUAGGUUGAGAUGAAUUAGGAAGGCAAGAUAGCAAGGAAUUAGUUUUUACUCUUUUGUCCUUACUUUGAUUGAUGCAAAACAUGAUUGUGUUUUCAUUAAUUUAGAAAGAAAAAAAAAAGGUAAAAGAUAGCCAUGGGAAAAUGAGAAAUCCAAAGAUCAGUGAAUCCUUUAUACAGAAAUGGAAAAUGACCACAAGUCAUCCCCUCUGAGUAUCCCAUUAAAACCUGAGGCCAAAUAGAAGUGACUGCUUCAAGACAGUGAGGCUGGAUGGUUCUCUGCCCCAGGAGCUCUUGUCCCUGAUCCAUCCUUGUCCCUUGAAAUUCUGAUCUUGGGAAAUUAGUCACAUUUGAAAAAGCUGGCAGCAAUUCUAACAUAACAAGACAUACUUUAACUAAGGUUAUCUUGCAUGUCGAGGAUAUUAAUGGCCACGUUUCUGGCCUUUUCAUACUUAAAAGGAUGUACAGAGAGGAAGGGCAGUGCAGUGAUAAGGACACAUAGUUGCUGUAAUCAGAAGACCUGGGUCUAAAUUCUGGUUCAUGACGUACAAGCUUUCUGAUCUUAACAAGCCCCCUUCUCCCUCUCUGGGUCUCGGUUUUGUGAAAUGGAAGGAACAAUUAUAAUACAAGAAAAAGAAAGAGGUUGAAUUUCAUGAUUUCUGAGGUCCCAUUCUACCAUAAUGUCAUUCAAUAUCAGUAGAACUGUGGAAUUCUAACCUCCCUUGGAGGGGUCUCAGCUAUAUUUAUGAUGCUUUAGGUUGUGUUAAAAAAAAACCUUCCAGAAUCCAGAAUUUGGUCCCAGUACCCGUUGUUAUGUUCCAGGCCAUUAUAAUAGCCCUUUAAAAUUUAAUUCACAUGUUUUCUCCUAGAAUGAAAGCAACAAAGGGUCAGUAGGCAGCCUGUGCCUAAGAAUCUUGAUGACCUUGGCUAGAUGCUACAUCAAACUCCACUGGCCCUUGGCCCCAUUCCCUUGCCGUUUUCUGGGAUACCUCUCCCUACCCUAGUCCCAUAAGAAAGCAGGAGGUAAGGGAGCUGGAACCUUUAGGAAGCCCACCCUCAUGCCAUCUCAGAUGCCAGUCUGGGCCAAAGCACCCCAGUUCAUUCAGGUAUCACUGCAAUGAGCAGGGUAUAACAGAAACCGUGUAUAGAAACCUUAUGUAACUGAAUGACUGAAAGGAAAAUUAGAAACGUGGCAAGGAAGUUGGCCUGCAAAAUACUGGGCCCGGCUCAUUGUGUGCAGAGAUAACAUCAACUGCAAAGGGAAGCUCUGAGCUCUCAGGGACAGUCUAAGGAAUAAAAGGUAACAACAUGGCACAUUUGCUGUCACUUAGCCUGUCAAGGGUCCUUUAUUCUGGCCCCAGACACUUUCCAUGCAGCGGCCCCUGAAUAGGAUUCUAUCCCCACUCCCCAUCGGUACCUCUCUCUUUUUCUUAAUCCAGAGCCUUUAAUCCUCAGCCUUUUCUACUCGAUUUAUUUCAAGAUGGCGCCAAAAUACCUUGCGACGGGAAUGAAAGUUGGAUUUGUCUUGAAAACGUGAAUAACACCUCUCCGUUUAAGACAAGUUUUUCCCUCCAUUGGUUUAUUUGUUUUUUAAGCAGUCCGGGACAAACCCAAUCUUUUAACGGGUACUUAUCCCGGCGAGAUCCUCCAGGUGGCGCCAUGUGCCCAACAGUCUUCCCACGGUCUAGCACGAAUAUUGGUUUUUACCCAGAAUCAGAAGGAAAAGAGAGAGGACAGGAAGACAGGAGAGUGAAGAAUUCGGGUUCUUGCUUUGUACUCCCACCGUGGGGAGGGCGGGGAGAAAGCCCCAAACAAAGCCAGAACAGCAUCUUGCCAAAGUAGACCCCCGCCUAAGUCAGUUGCCUCCGGGCAAAGACGCAGUAUCCAAAUAUCGCUGAUGGGAUGGCACCCGCCCUUCCUCGUCUAAUCGGGCACGUUGGGAGACUGUGCGUUUACCUGGGAAGGCAGUGUUAAGUCGGCUCCCUUUUAGGUGAUGCCGUAUUGGGAGGGUUUCCCCGCAAAAACAAAACAACAAAAUAAAGAAAAAAAAUUAAAGGGGAGGGGGAACCCCAUCCCCAGAACCGAGUCCCUGUUGCCCCUGCUCCAGCCUCCUCUGCAGCUGGCAGAGUCGAGUGGCGAGACAGGGUGACGAGACGGCUUCGCGGGGCUGCCGAUCCCGCCGCGGCUGCAGCCCUAAGGCUCCGAUCAAAACAAGGCGAUUUCGUUGGAAUAUAAUUUGUGAGCAAUAAACGUGAUUGAGAAUGA